AACUUUCCGCCCAGUCGUUCCACACGCCCAAGCCAGUGCGCGCGUUUCAAAAGCUUCGGUGACUUGUUGCGUUCAGUGUUUUUUAAACUAUUUGUGUUGUGUGAAAACUUUGUGAUUGUUUGAAAGUUCUGUACUGCAGCUUUCGCUCGGGGCGUUUAUAUUAACAAUAUACAGUUAAUAAAUAUUCUGUCAGCGAUGAAGGACGAACGUGCGACACCUCCGCGGGUUCGCAUCGCUGUCAUCGGGAGCUCAAGAGUUGGUAAAUCAGCACUCAUCGUCCGCUACCUGACUCGGAGAUACAUUGGAGAAUACCAUUCAAAUACAGAUCUUCUCUACAGACAGACAGUGCCUAUAAAUGGUACACCAAUAGAUUUAGAAGUAAUAGAUGUGUCCGGAUCAAAUGCUGACAGAUUUCCUGCUGAACAGAUACAGUGGGCAGACGCAUGUCUGUUGGUCUACUCGGUAACAGACCGCAGCAGCUUCGAGUAUGCCACAGAAGUACUGAACUCACUCAAAAGGUCUCAAGUGCAAGGAAGUCCAGCUCAAGGAAAUACCGCCGCUUCAGGACCCAUGCCUCUAGCUCUGCUUGGAAACAAGACAGACUUGGAUCACCUAAGACAGGUGUCAACAAAGGAAGCACAGACAAUUAGUGCGUCUCUUGGCGCUUCGUUUAGUGAAGCCAGCGUGGCAGACAACUCGUGCGAUCUGUACCGAUGUGUAGACAGACUACUCGGAGAGGUUCGCACGCCUCCACGUUCUAGAAAGUUCUCCGUCUCCAAGAUGAUUGGCUCGCUAAUAGGUAGUGCGACGACUAACAACCAGAUCACUCGUGGGUCCGUGGUGGUCUGUCCGCGAGUGCCGACGCCGUCGCGGACGCCUCUGACCGCGGCGGUACCCUGACCACCAGCUGUCCACACCCGAAGGUGACUACCAGGCGGCGCCUGCCUCGCCUGCCUGCCUCUGCCUGCACGGUUCUUCCCUAUAACAACGGUCUGAGAAACAAGCGACGGUGUACAGAUUACGCAAACAAACUUAUGGACAAAAGUGUUAAUAUUUUUAGUGCAAGAAUGACGUUUGAUAUAAAUUUGAUACCUAUGAAAUUCUGAGUGAAAAUGAGAAGUUUAUUCAGUUCAAAUGUUGUCGUAAUACCUUUCAUCUUACGCAGAUAGAUAUUAUAAUAUAUAAUUCACGUGCAAUCGGGAUGUAUUGAAUGUAGUAAAUAUCUGUCGUGAACUAUAAAAGCUCUCCCACACGGAUGCAUUCAAAUCCCACACAAAUACAUUAUGUUCUUUGCAGAUCUCGUUACCAUUCAAACUAACGUCUAAUAGAUAAGAUUUCAUAACGACCUCUAUAAGUCAGAUAGAUGGGAGAGCCAUAAUGGCUUUCGGCAGUACCUUAGUUUAAUAAUUGUUGUAAAGAUAGUCAGAUCAGCCGUGCCGCCUAGUUAUAAUUAGUUUUACUUGUUGGUGCUGUCUGCUUUAAGGCAGUUGAUUGUGAAAUUGUAAAUAUUUUGCUUGAAAGUUAUGGAAACUUAGGAUGAACAUUCUGGUGUGACAUUAACAUACAUACACACUUAUUGUUUCAUUUUAAUCUGCAUUUGUCUCCUCCCUCCUCAAAGAUUCUGCAUUUCUAACGUUGUCGAUUUGAAGCUUUGGAUAAUUAAUUACCAGUUAAAGAGACUUCGUCAUGAAAUUCCUAUUUGGUCCUCCGUUCAUCAAUUUAAAUCUAUCAAACUAUCAUCAAUAACAUAUCAUCUCAUCAGCAGUUAAUAUCCAAAAAGUUCAUACUAAGUCUGAGCGUGUAUUAUAAUUAAGACAAUAAUUUUAUAUUUUGAGUCAUCAAUGUUAUGUUACCUGACAGUUAUAUAUUAUGUGCCAAAGAUUUUACAAAAGUGUAUCGUAAAAUUGCAUUUGUAUAAAGCUUAGAUAUUUGAUAUGCAAUGAAUUGUGGUUCUACAUGACACCUGACACGAUAUACUCUAAAAUAUAGAUGUAAUAUAAGGUACAAUUGAUUACGCUAGCCGUCGGAAAGUGAUUACUUACCUCAACCUUCCUUGCUUUCCAUGGACAUACUUCCCUGCUUUCUUCCACUCGCAUAAACUCUUUCAAAGAAGAACUUAUUGUUAGUACUUUAGAGCCUUUCGCACUUUAGUACAUUCGAAGUCAUGUACGUACAAACGAAGUUAACGAAACAUUAUUAUACAAUGAUUUCGUGCGUACUCAUGAAUCAAAAUCAUGUUUUAUUGUAUGUCUGUCAUGUGUUAGUAGAUUACAAUAUAUUACAAUUAAAUAGUAACUAUUGAUAUAGAAAAAAAGAUAGAUAUUAUUCAAUUGUUCUAAUUAUAUGUGUUAUUUUUGUAAAGUGUAAUAUAAAAUCAGAGCGUGAUGCACUUAUAAAAUUUUUACUUUUUCAUAAAAUCUCAAUGCUUGUAGUAAAAAAAAACAAGAAAAAAUAUUGUUUUUUUUUUCUUGUUUUUUUAUUUGCUUAAUUUAAUGUUACAUGUUGAGGGAAAAUAAGAAUACUGUCUGCUACGAUAUAUUAUCGUAAUAGUAAGUUUGAAACAUAUAUAUUUAAAACAUUACGAUAAAGUCAAAGAAAUAGUCAAAGUAUUUUAUAAAUACUAUUAGCACUAGUCAAAGUUUAAAUAUAUAUUUAACGCAACCAAAUAAAUCAAGUAGUUCAAGAAAAAAAAAUUUAAAUAAUUUUGUUAUCUACAUAUAUAACAUAAUAUAAACAUCAUGUCAAAUUUAUUUAUUCAAUGUUUACGAGUGUUUUUGUCGAAAUCUAGUCAUUAGAUUUAUAGGCUGUGAAAAGAUAUUUGUUAUGGGAAGUUUGAAAGCGUUUUGUAUAAGAGAGAUUCAAAACAAAUAUUACAAUAAUUCUAUCAAAUGUUGCAUCAAAUUAUUGAAAGCCUUUAAAAAAAUUAAAGUUUGGAACGUUGUACUUCCACAAUUGUUAAUUACUAAUAUUAUUUUAUAUCUGAAGUGUAUUCUGUUGUUCACCGCACGCGUAUACGUAAUAUAGUGGACGCCUUUUCGUGUAUCUUCACGGUUUCAUUGUGUUAUCUGCGUUCAUCUAAAUACGUACCUUGACGCCGCGCCAUCUCAUUCUGUGUGGUGCGUAUCUUAUAAUAUUAAGAAAUCCAAAUUAUACAAGCACCCAAUAAGUAUAACAACAAUUAUUGACAUAAAAUCCCGAGUACUCAUAAUAAGCAAUUUGGUUUUUUAACAUAAGAAUGUUGAUAUUAUAAACUUUUAAAAAGUAAUUGGAACCAAAAAUAUGACAAGGUAUUAAAUUUUGUUUAAUUAAGUUACUUAUAACAUAUUUAUGUAAAAAAGGAACUGAUUGAGAUAAGUUAAUAUAUAAUUAUAAUAGUAAGUUAUAAAUAAUAAGUAAUAAAAUUUUAUGUGAAA